UCUCGUAUUCCCUUCUCCCCCCAUUCGCUUCUUCUACACAAUCUCUCUCUCUCUCUCUCUCUCUCUCCUUUUUACUAUUUUUUUUUUUUUUUAAUUUCCCCUACUUUUAUUCGCCUCACGAGGGAGCCAUGGGCGAUCGCGACCCCCGUCCCUCGAUCCCGUGGAGGUAAAGCGAUCGAUCGAGCGAUUCGGUCUCUCUCGCGUGGCGUUGCCCCGCUCCACCUCUCUUUCGCCUCUGCGGCGCUCGAUCCCGUUAAUGGCGAUGGACGAGGCGGCGGCGGGGACGGGGGCGGCUUUGGCGGCGGCGGGGGAGGGGCGGGGGAGGCAGCAGCAGCAGCAGCGGCACAAGCUCGAGGUGUACAACGAGGUGCUCCGACGCCUCCGCGAGGGCGAGGGCCCAAAUCAGGCCACGUCGCCCUCCUUCGACGACGAGCUCUGGGCCCACUUCAAUCGCCUUCCCGCGCGGUAUGCGUUGGAUGUGAAUGUCGAAAGGGCUGAGGACGUUUUGACGCAUAAGAAAUUGCUUGAGCAGGCGAGAGAUCCCGCCAAUCGGCCCGCCUUCUCAGUUCGUGUAGUCCAGAUAUCUCCGGUUCUUGAUGCUACUAGGGCUGAUUCUGUUGAUUCCAACACUGUGGGGCAGGAAGCUUCUUCAAGCUACUUUAGCAGACAAAGUCACCCUCCUCCUGCUUUUGGUUCAUCUGCAAAUCUUGAGGCUCUUGCUCUUGAAGCCAGCAUGUCUCAUGUUCAAGAUGGUGAUAGUGCUACAGACGUUGUUCAACAUUUUGCUAGGCCAAUGCAUGAAAUUACCUUUUCAUCUGAUGACAAACCAAAGCUUCUUAGUCAGCUGACUUCUCUACUUGGUGAGCUCGGUCUUAACAUUCAAGAAGCACAUGCAUUCUCAACAAAUGACGGCUACUCAUUGGAUGUCUUUGUUGUUGUUGGCUGGCAUGAUGAGGAAACUGAGAAGCUUACGGAAGCAUUAGCGAAGGAAAUUCGCAAAAUUGAGGCACAAGCAUGGUCGGCUUCUAGUUCAUGGACUCCUUCCACAGAAAAUGUGCAAUCUCCAGAAAAUUUACUAUCUGGCCAUGUUGCAAUACCUACAGAUGGAACUGAUGUGUGGGAAAUUGAUGUUAGGCUACUGAAGUUUGGCGCCAAAGUUGCAUCUGGAUCAUAUGGUGAUCUCUAUCACGGUACAUACUGUAGUCAAGAUGUCGCCAUCAAAGUACUCAAUCCUGAGCGCAUAAACAUGGAUUUGCAGCGAGAAUUCGCUCAGGAAGUAUAUAUUAUGAGGAAGGUUCGCCAUAAGAAUGUUGUCCAGUUUAUCGGUGCUUGUACCAGACCUCCGAGCUUAUGUAUUGUCACUGAAUUUAUGUCAGGGGGGAGUGUAUAUGACUACCUCCAUAAACAGAAGUGCGUUUUCAAGCUUCCCGCUUUACUUAGAGUGGCAAUUGAUAUAUCAAAGGGAAUGAAUUACUUGCAUCAAAAUAACAUCAUCCACCGAGAUUUGAAGGCUGCCAAUCUUCUUAUGGAUGAAAAUGAGGUUGUUAAGGUUGCUGAUUUUGGUGUUGCACGUGUCAUAGCUAAAUCUGGAGUUAUGACUGCCGAAACUGGCACAUAUCGUUGGAUGGCUCCUGAGGUCAUUGAGCACAAGCCGUAUGAUCACAAAGCCGAUGUUUUCAGCUUUGGAGUAGUGCUGUGGGAGCUGCUUACACGGAAGAUUCCAUAUGAUUACCUGACACCUCUACAAGCAGCUAUAGGUGUGGUUCAGAAGGGCUUGAGACCAACAAUUCCACAGAACACCCUUCCUAAGCUUGCCAAUCUGCUGAAGAAAUGCUGGCAACAAGAUCCAAAUCAACGGCCGGAUUUCUCUGAAAUAUUAGAAAACCUCCAGCUUAUUGCCAAGGAGGUGGGAAGUGAAUCUGAGGAUCGCCGGAAGGAAAAAUCAUCAGGAGGGUUUUUUUCGGUUCUCAGGCGCGGUCAUUGAAGCAACAAUAUAGUACCCACUGCUCCAGGGACUCUGCAUUCUCUCAUCAUGGGUAAUUUUCCCUUCCAGCUCCUUGUGAGGUCGCAUGCUUAAAAUGCACAGCUUUUUGCUCGAUGUUCUGAUUUCUCGUCUUUCAAUCCUAAGUAAUCUGCCGCAAUUUGUUUUUCCGAACGAUUUCCUUCUACCAUGAUUCACUGUGUUUAUUCUCUGAUGCAUCGUCGAUGUAAAGUAGGGAAAAGAAUAAUGCGUAAACUAGUCCAUGAAUCACUGAUCUGAUCGGUCCUUUGUCACUCAACAAGCACGUCAUAGUCUUCGGUUGUUUGUAUUCAAAAUAAAAGAGAGAAAUUAUGUUAGCUGGACAUCUAUUUGUGGUAAAUGUGAACACUUUCUGAGAAACAGAUGCAGCAGAAAGCAAACAAAUCCAUCUCUUCGACUUCAUAUAUAUAUUUUUUCCCCUCCC